UCUUUAAGAAUAAAAUGUUUUUAACAAAUUCUAAGCAAGAAGAUGUAAAUAAGAAUUAUAGUCCAAAUGUUAAAGCAAAGUUAGAUUUACAUCUUUUACUAAAUAACAAUAAUAAAAUUGCAAUUACUUAUUUAUUAGAUAAUAAAGCAUCUGAAGUAGUUGAAAUUCAAUAG